AUGAACAAGCACCCUAAGCUCCACUCGCCUACGUACGUUUCUGAUGAAGAAUUGAGCACGCAAAGUGAACGCAGCUCUUUUGCAUCGGACGAAAGCCCUUUUAAAUUUGAUGACCAUGCAACUCUCAACAGAAGUCUUUUACACUUGACAUCAUCACAUACUUCGCAGUCUGAGGCCACCAUCGGUCAAAAGCUGAGAAGAGCAGAGCAAGCGUUGAUUGAUGCCCAAUGCAUGAUUAUGGAGCAACUAUCCAGGCUUCAAGCCGAAGAAAUAACGCUGCAAAAAUUGAUCUUAGCAGCGACCCCCAAAGGGCAUUCUUCUGCAGAUUCCGGUGAGAAAUGA